UUUGGUGCGAGAUAACUAUGCGAGCGUAGCUCCUCCGUCUCUCUCACUGUCCACCUCUGUUCUGAUCCCCCUCUUCUCCUCCGCCCAUUUCUUGUUCCGGCGAUCAUCCCGGUAGCCCGGCGAGAGGGACGGCGCAGGUGAUUCCUCGGACUUGUAUACACGCUCCCUUGAGAUUUCUGCUUCUCUCCGUCGUCGUCUCCUCCUCCCCUCCGCUAUAAAAGAGACGCGGCCAUGUGCGUGUGCUGACAGGCGCUACCUGCUUGCUUUGCUUCGCCACUCGCUGGCGUUCAGCUCGCAGGUGGUUGCCUCGUCCAUUCCCCACCGCCGCCGCCGCCUCCGCCGCUCCGUCCGUUGGGGUCCCACCGGCGAAGCUGCUUCGCCGCUGUUUCCUGUAGGUGGCGGUAUCCCCUGGAACACUCUCGCUCGCAGCAGCAGGCCUAGCAGUUCAUUUACAAGUAGCCCAAGAAGGUGUGGUCAUCAUGCAGUCAUAUUUGACGCCCUUCUUGCCUAACACUGCCAUGGCAAAGAAGGAAAUGCAUUCCUUGCUCGGAAAUUGCGCACAUGUAUUUGGCAUGUCAUUAGAGAAUACAAUUCAGGGCUACCAAGUCACCACAAAUAUGGGGCAUCUACCUGCCUUGAUCAUAAAGCGCUCCGUUCUCAUUACUGGUAGCGCAAUUUUAUCCAUUGCCAUCCGCUACAGAGCUCUACUUGACAGAUGGAUACUGCACAAGUUUGCUGUCUCCCAGGGCGCACCUACUCACUCCGCCAUGCUAUUGAGAUCCUGUUGGCAGCGUAUAUCCUUGCCUUUGUUUGUUGGCAUUGGUUUUCUGAUGGCAAGGCUCUAUAACUACAUUAGCAUUCACAGCUUUAUCUAUGGUCGGCAAGUCAUCCGCAGUGUCGAAGCUAACAUUCAAAGUGAUUCAGUCAUUGAGAAUAAUGAGUUGUCCAAUCAGCAAUCCAUCAUUCCAAGUUUGUUUGGCGGGAAGCACGUUUAUGCCCGUCUAGCGCUUCAGUGUAUUUUCAGCACUGCCAUGUUAAAGGCACAACUAGCGCCAAAGUCGAUCAGUUUCAAGGCGAGGUGCUUACAGAAGAAGCAUGAUAUCAGUGCGCUUCGGAGUAUCGUGGCAAGAAAUGGACAGUGGCUGACAUACAUUGGGGCGUUGGUGACUCUACAGAUAUUUUUACAGCUAAAUAAAGUGAACACUAGGUCUUCGCUGCUGCCGAUGCUGUUUCAAACAACAAGUUCGAGGAGCAGAGCUGCUGUUGUCGGUACUAUUGUGAUAAUUUUGGUGAACUCAUGUGGCAUUCUUGGUUCUGCCUUUACAAUAAAACAGCAUGGUCGUGCAGCAACGUUAACUGUCAGUGUUGUUCUGAUGGUAUUUUGCCAGAUCGUGAUUCCAUCGAUCCUGGAAUUCCACAUCGGGCUAGGCGGCGGAAGCCGAAUGCCGAGGGGAUACACCGCCGCGAUGUUCGUGCUCACCUGCGUCGUCUCCUGCGGCCUCAGCUGGUCAUGGGGCUCCAUGUUCUGGACCGUUCCUGGCAACAAGACCCACUCGGCUGGGCAGGUUGCCGGCAUGGCUCUCAACCUGGUCUUCUGCUUCGCCCAGAUGCAGUACUUCCUGGUGCUGCUGUGGCGGCUGAGGAGUGCCCUCCUUGCGUACUACGCCAUGUGGAUUUGGUCAUGAUAAAAUUGCUUUCAGCUCAGAAAACCAUGGCUAGCUAGCUAGAUGAUUGUGCGGUGCGUUUGCUGUGGACUCUGGUUAACUGCUAGUGGAGUAGUUUGAUUGGCGGAUACGUAUAUAGUUCGCCUGUAUAAGGUCUGUACUAGUCUACAGAUGAACAAGAUGUAGUUCCACUGUUCCACGGCUGCAACGCAAUCAAGUAUCCUAUUAUAAGCUUUUCUAAGUCUUCAGUUUGACUACAA